AUACAGUUUGGUCCCAGACUUAUAACUUCGACUCCUCGACUCCGUCGCUGUUAAUUAAAGAGUAAGAAAAAGUCCUUUCCACGUUUUCUAAACCAAUCUCCCCUCACGCCUUCUCUUCGCGUCGAAAUCUGAAGCUCCACUUCAGUCGUGCUCACUAAGCAAUCACAAUUUCUGCAACCUCAGAUAUUUGUAUAUUUCAUUAAGGGAUCAGCUUGGUCUUUUUUUGUAAUCGCAGUCAUCGACAUUGGAGUUUGUGACUGAAAAUGAAUCCAAAAGGUUUGAUUUAUAGCUUUGUUGCGAGAGGAACUGUUGUUCUAGCUGAGCAUACACCUUAUUCAGGGAACUUCAGUACCAUUGCUGUCCAGUGCUUGCAGAAGCUUCCUUCAAAUAGUAGCAAGUAUACAUACUCAUGCGAUGGUCACACCUUCAACUUCCUCAUUGAUAGUGGAUUUGUCUUCCUAGUUGUUGCUGAUGAAUCAACUGGAAGAAGUGUACCUUUUGUCUUUCUUGAAAGGGUUAAGGAUGAUUUCAAGAAACGUUACGGUUCAAGUAUUAAAAAUGAUGGUGAUCCGCACCCUCUUGCUGAUGAUGAUGAAGAAGAUGAUGAUCUAUUCGGGUAUCGUUUUAGCAUCGCGUACAAUCUUGACAGAGAAUUCGGGCCAAAACUUAAAGAGCACAUGGAGUACUGUAUGAACCAUCCUGAUGAAAUGAGCAAGCUCUCUAAGUUGAAGGCUCAAAUCACAGAGGUCAAAGGAAUAAUGAUGGACAAUAUUGAGAAGGUUUUGGAUCGGGGUGAGAAGAUUGAACUGCUAGUGGAUAAAACUGAGAACCUUCAGUUCCAGGCUGACAGCUUUCAGAGGCAAGGUAGGCAGCUUCGUCGCAAGAUGUGGUUUCAGAACCUUCAAAUGAAGCUCAUGGUUGGAGGUGCUAUUUUAGUUUUCAUUAUCAUUGUUUGGCUUUUUGCUUGUGGAGGUUUUAAAUGUUAAGGUAUUGUGACAUGAUUCACUUGGAAUAUUAGUAGUGUACAAAACCUUUCUUGUAAAUGUGACUACCUUGAACAAUGUUGCUAUGCUGUUUUGCUGAAUUAAUAUGGUACCGUACCUACUAUUGUAUCUA